AUGGCGGAAAGACCUAUGUGGGAGCAAAUUGGAACAAGUUUUGUACAGCUGUAUUAUCAACAGUUUGAUACCAAUAGGGAACAAUUAGGUGCCCUUUAUACAGAUGCUUCCUGUUUGUCUUGGGAAGGCCAGCAGUUCCAAGGAAAAGCUUCAAUUAUGGAAAAAUUGAUGACUCUUCCUUUCCAAAAAAUUCAGCAUAAUAUAACAUCCCAGGAUCAUCAGCCAGCUCCUGACAAUUGUAUCCUUAGUAUGGUUGUUGGCCAAUUGAAGGUAGACAAUGAUCCAGUAAUGGGAUUCCACCAGAUGUUUGUUCUCAAAAACAUGAAUGACAAAUGGGUUUGUUCUAAUGACAUAUUUAGGUUGGCUCUGUAUAAUUUUGCCUGA